AAAAGCACGCGGCGCCGGGUGAUCCGCUACUCUACCCGGUCUCUAUUACCUUUAGUGUAGUCGUAGUUCAGCAGAAUUUACCGAUACAGUGCUAUGGAGCCCCAAAACCAAGAUAUCGUGGUCGCCGGCAGCCCCGCCGAGGUCCCCAACGAUCCAGGGAAAAUGUUCAUUGGAGGGUUGAGUUGGCAGACAAGUCCAGGUAAGCCGGCAAAACUAUGUUUGACUGCGAUACACACUCUCUUUACGAAAAUAAACUGCGGAACACAUACCCACCUCAUUCCGUACUUAUUUUUAACCUUCAAUUACCAAUUCUCGGCUACAAAACACAAAAUACAGCAUCAUUUAAGACAAAAUACCCAACAACAAAAAUUAUCAACACUUUCUGCCGUAUCCAAGUGAUUUUUUGGCAUUUUUUUACAUUCUUGUCAACUUUGAUUAAUCUGUUGACCUAAGUCGCUCAAUUUA